GACAGACGCAGAGGAGAUUAGAUGAUUAGAUUGAAGCAAGCACCGACCCUGUAGAGACCUAAGCGACUGCAAUCAUGGCGCUGUUGUCUGUGGACAGAUGUAUUGCUUCUGUGUGGGACAGAAGGUGUAUACCAAAUGUACGUGCCACGAAGGAGGAAACAGUUCAGGGGCAUCAGAACAGUUCUUCUGUUUUAAAUGAUGGAGCCAGAGGUAACAGCUAUCCGUAUACUGAGACAUUUUUCAUCCACCCAUUUUCCCUUUAACCUCCCCUUCAAAACAAGAAACAAGACAUGACUGUUGAAAUAACUGAACGACACGACUGGCAACUAUGACAUGACGCAGACAGUGACAAUGACACCUGACAAUGAUGGACUGCAAAGACAGUAUAUCAACGACAAUGAAACGACAAGAAGUGGAAGAAACCAGGGAACUAAAUACAAACAGAUUAACGAGACAACGAGGAACACCUGGACAAGACACGAGUGGCUGGAGAGAGCUGAUUGGUCGACACAAAGUAGACGAGAACAGGUGGACACGACAACCUAAUGAGCACACGACAAACAUGGAACACAGGAAAACAUGGAACAAACUAAAACACAACCCAAAGCAAAACACAGACCAUGACACUCUCUUCACAGAGGUGCCCCACGACAUCACGACACAGAGCGGCGAGGAUGUAGAGAUGGCGUGCUCCUUCUGUGGGGCAGGUUCUCCUUCUUCCUUGGAGAUCCAGUGGUGGUACACCAAGGACCACAGUGACUGGCCCAAGAAGCCUGCACAUAUCACAAAUGAUGUUGUUCCUCUGGACGAAAUGUUGAAAGAUGCCACUAAAAUUAGUGUGGUGAAAGUGGCCGGCAGCAACAUUUCACACAAACUGCGCCUGUCCAGCGUCAAGCCAUCAGACGAGGGCACCUACGAGUGUCACGUCAUUGACUUCAGCGGCUCUGUGGCACAGCGCCAUCACGUUCGGGCCUACCUCCGUGUGGAGCCUAGUCACGGCUCGGACGUCCAGCUCCUUGGAUCGGGGCAUCGGUCAGACCAGCAGGGAGGCUCGCACAGGGGAGAGGAAGAUGAAGAGGAGCGCUACUGACUGCACUGCACUGCAGAGGGCGAAGUCUACUUGUUAGUGUGCAUGUUCAUGACUGAGCAGGAGAAGGUGAUCAUAAUCAUCACUGAGAGAUGAGGCAGUGCUCACAACUGGUACACCACGAUUUAUGUGUAUACUUUUAUUGCAGUGUUGUAAAAUUCCAGGACAGGAAACAUUUCAAUUGACACCGUGCUCAAUGCAUUAGCUUAGUUUUAAAUUGGAAAAUAUGGGUGUAGUUUUUAUGCGUAAAACCUCUGCAGUUCUGUUUUUGUGAAUAUGCGAUCAUUACUAGUACUGAGAUAGCCCAGCUGAACAUUUUUUGAAUGUGCAAUUGAAAGGAGCCAUCCAUCCAUUUUAUGUACCACUUUUCCUUAUUAGGGUUGCGGGUGAACUGGAAUUUAUUCCAGCUGACUUUUGAUGCGAAGUGGGGUACACCCUGGAUUCGUCAGCCAAGCACAGGGCACAUUUAGAUAACUCUCAAUACACACAUUUCCACAUUUUAGAGUACUUGAAUGCACCUAACAUGGUUUUGUAAUGCUGGAGUACCCAGAGAAAACCCAUGCAAGCAGAGGGAACGCAUGCAAAGUCUACUACUUGGCUGCAGCAAAGAUUGAAACCCAGAAUCUUCGAGCUGUGAGGCAGACAUACCAGCAGGUCAUGUACCGCAUGGAAGAAAACAUUCUGUACUUCAUAAAAUAUAACUACACUCUCCACUCUGUCAAGUUCAUUAUUUUACACAUCUCAUACAAUUUGGAGGUUUGCGGAUGAUAAACCAUUAAUAAUAUGGUAAAUGGAUUGCUGGAUGGACAAAUGUAGUUUAAAAAAACAUGUCAUAUCUAUCAAUGGCUACAAGUUCAUUUGAACGUUUUAAAUGUUUGUCUUCAUCAACAAUAUAUUGUCUGCCUUGUGAUAGUUGUGCUCUUCAUUUUCAUAUCGUUUUGUCCACAGUAAAACAGUUUGUGUCCACCUUUUUGCCUACUUUGUAAUGUGUCUCUCUGUUCACAUUUCACACUGACUCAUGUUAACGUUUUCUGUUUCGUUUAGAAACAAUUAAAUCUCCUUGACUUAUUCUCAGAUAAACAUUGCUUAAGCUUUAAUGUCCAUUAUGUUUCUACCACAGCUGUACAGUAGUCAUAUUUUCAACACGUUUAAUAAUUAUUAGUCGUGGGCAGCAGAGGGCAGUACUGUCACAUUAACAAAAACAUUUUUGCAGGUAAUUUGUUAAUAUUACAUUGAGUGACGCUCUAUUACCAAGAAC